AUGGCGAGUAGCUUGGGCGAGAUCUUUCAGGUGGUGGUGGUCGAGUGCAUCCUGUAUCUGGAGUUUCGGGUGGGAAUGAUUCGGGUUGGGUACGGGUCUCGCAUCCGGGGAGCGGCCCGGAGGCUUCUGCAUCUCUCCCGGGCCAGGCUGUCAGGAGAAUCGGUAACCGGGGAGGGAGACAGGAAGGCUGCUCUGGACCCGACCCUGCUCCCGUAUCUGGUGUGUCCCCUGUCCAGAAAGCAGCUCAGAUAUGAUGAAUCCUCCAAUCAGCUGAUCAAUGAUGAGUUGGGAAUAGCCUAUCCUGUUGUCGAUGGAAUUCCCAACAUGAUCCCUCAGGAUGCAAAGUUAAUUCGCAAGAGUGAAGACACACCCAAGGCGGAAGAACUUUCACAGCAGUAA